AGUCCGUCCCGCUAUGAUAUGCGGGUCUCUCUGUUCACUGGCACCGAUACAAGUUGACUUUCUGGUUGCUUGCCGGCUAACCAGAAUUAUUUGGUUUCAAUUUUAUUUCUCACUGAUUCGGGGUUUCUGAAGAGGGUACUAUUAUUUAGGUCAAAGCUCUGUGACGACGCACUACUAAAGGGAUAAUUCCUAGUCGCUUGUUGGUAGUACAGCAGCAGAACUAAAUACAUACGACUUAGAAGGGAGCAUGCCUCGUCGCUCAACAAGGCUUUCAUUGGGCGAAAGCCCAGCUACCGAGGUAGAUACCAAGAGGAAACGACUUUCCGCGGGUUCUACAAUCAAAAGUACCGCCAAAAAGAGCAAGUAUUUUGAAGGUUCUGAUACCGAUGAACCAGCCAGUGACGUCGACGGCGAUUCCGGCUCGGCUUAUGAGGAAGAAGCAGCCGCUCACGAGGAUGAAGAAUCAGAUGACGAAAAUAAUGCAUAUGAUGAAGAGUCUGAAGAAGAUAAGCCAAAGAAAAGAGAGCGUGGUCGGCCGUCAAGCAGCGCAAAGGCGCAGAAGCAAGAUUCGGACGACAGUGCAGAAGGUGUACCUGCCUCAAAGACAGCCAAAGGCCGAGAAUUAUGGCGAGAGGGAGUCAAGACUGGGCUAGGUCCAGGAAAGGAAGUCUUCAUCAAGAAGCCCAAAGCACGAGAUCUCGGUGGCAUAGACUAUAAGGAUGAUACGAUUCACGCGAACACUAUGCUUUUCUUGAAAGAUCUCAAGGAGAACAACGAACGGCAGUGGCUAAAAGCACAUGACGCCGACUAUCGAGCUUCCAAAAAAGAUUGGGAUACGUUCGUGGAGACUAUGACCGAAAAGAUCAUCGAGAAAGAUGAGACAAUUCCGGAACUACCUGCCAAAGAUUUGGUUUUUCGCAUACAUAGGGACAUCAGAUUUAGCAAUGAUCCCACUCCAUAUAAGACACAUUUCUCUGCUGCAUGGAGUCGUACAGGACGCAAGGGUCCGUAUGCAGCGUAUUAUCUACACCUCCAACCCGGGCACUGCUUUAUAGGUGCGGGGUUAUGGAUGCCAGAGGCCAGCAAACUGGCUCUUCUUCGGAGAGACGUCGAUCGGAAUUCCACGCGACUUAAAUCUGUCCUGAGGAAUGCAGGCUUGAGAAGAGAGUUUUUCAAGGGUAUACCCGACGAUGAGCGCAAAGCUGUCAAAGCUUUCGUGGAUCAAAAUCAGGAGAGCGCUCUCAAAACCAAACCAAAGGGCUACGAACACGACAAUCCCAACAUUGACUUACUCAGAUUGAGGAGCUAUACAGUCGGAAAACCACUCCCGGAUGAAAUCCUACUCAGCCCCGAUGCACAAGAGCGGAUUGAGAGUUUGAUAGAAGUAUUGGUGCCUUUUGUAAGUGGUCCGGUGACUGUUACUUUCUAUUCCUUUCCCCUCCUUCAGCUGCCUUUGCCUCUUCCCUUUCCAUACCACAUUAUGAUCCACCGACAAAGUUGCAAGUGCAACAGUCCUUGUGCAUCUGUGGGAAUUGGUUUCGAAUUCACACCUCGUUAUUCGUCCAGAUCCACCCGCUCUCGGUCCGCCUUUAGCGUUGACAACCCCUCUCUUUUCCAAUUUUACUCAAAAAAGAGGGCAUGGUAGAGGAUGAAAUAGACUCCAGGCUUUGCAUUUCACCUGCAUGUCGAGUCUCUUCCCUUUUAAUGCUUCCUUGAGCCUAUAUCGAUCAAUCGAUUGGCUACUUGGGAUCAACUAGAUUG